UAGUGUUGUGGCGAAAUUAAUGAAAAAGUGUUUAGGGAAGGGUGAUGUUGGAAAAGAGGUGUCAGGGAAGGGUAGUGCCGGGGAAGAAAAGUGUUUAGAAAGAAUGGUGUCUGGAAAGAGUGGUGCUGGGAAAGGGGAAAGAUGGUGUUGGGAAGGGUGGUGUCAGGAAGGAUAG